ACUCGAACAUUAAAAAUUCAAUUUUUCAUAAUAUAGCAAAAUAUUGUUUGCAAACAAAAAAUAAAUAUUCACGUCAUUUUACAUUGAUAUUACUGCACUAAAGUGUUCAUAUACUUGAUACUUGAUAAUCACAUUGAAGAUGGGUUAUAAAAUGGGCGAAUUAAGAAAUAAUAGCCUCUAUGACCGCGUUAACAAGCUUUUGGUGUCUUAUGAGUGGAGUGACUGUACAUUUUCUGUAUGUGAUAAGAAAUUCAAAGCACAUAAAUUAAUACUAGGAAUAAGCAGCCCCGUAUUUGAAGCUAUGUUUUAUGGCCCCCUUUCAACCGACAGUGACAUUGUUAUAACUGACAUUGAGCCUGAAGUAUUUCAACAAUUAUUAAAUUACAUAUACACGGACAGGGUUGAAAUAACAUCAAUUGAAGAAGCCUUUGAAUUGCUAUAUGUAUCAAGAAAAUAUUUACUAGACCACUUGUCAGAAGUAUGCAUCAAGUAUGUACAAACAAAUGUAAACAUUGAUAAUGUUAUUACAAUUUUAAAUUACCCUGAUUACAUGCAAGAUAAACAAUUACUAUCUUCUUCACUUCGGUUGUUUUGCGAACAUGCUGCAUAUCUAAUCAAAGAAAACAAGAGAAACAUUACUAGUUUUUGCCUGCAAAAAAUACUUACAAGUGACAAUAUGAAUAUACCUGAAAAAGAACUGAUCAAAUUUACUUUUGAGUGGACAACUUAUUACUGCGAAAUGAACAACAUUCCUGCUGAUAUUACAAAUAGAAGAGAUGUGUUAAUUAAAAAUGGAUUGUUUCAACUAUUAAGGUUUUUAACAUUAUCAGCAAAUGGUUUGGAUGAAAUUAUCACAAGUCCAAAUAACUUACUCCUACCUCAAGAAUUUGAGUAUAUCAAGAAAAUGUUAAACUGCAAUCUUUUAUACACCAAUGAUGUAAUGGACACCAUUAGUACUUUACUGAAUCCAAGGAGUUCAUUGAAAUUACAAUGGUAUCUAUGUCAUCGCAGUCCAGUAAGAUCUGCCACUCCAGCUAUCAUAGAUUUCACUCAUAACUAUAUCCUUUGUAAGUUAAAAAGUAACAAAUCAAUAUUUAUUAAUAAUCUAAAUAUACCAUCAAGGAUGACACCAGUAUUGAAUUUUUGUAACAAUACACCAAAACAAUACUGUGAAAAUGUCUCAAUUUCAUUGAUAUGUGCCACUGACAACAGUGUGAUUGCACAAUAUAGAUAUAACAACAAUGUUGAUUAUGAUUCCAACAUUGAUAUUGAAUUCAAACAACCAUGCUUUAUUAAAAAAGAUAACUGGUAUAAAAUAUGUUUCCAUUGGCCCAAAGAUGACAAUUUGUUUUCAUUUUCAUAUGGAAUUCAAUGCAGAGAUACUGCUUACACUAGUAACAGAAUUUACUUGGAAUUUGAAGAUAUAUUUUCAUCUUCUGAUAAUUACGGCAGUUUUCUAAGAGGAUUGAAAUUUUGUCUGUAAUAGAUGUGUAGCAUUACUGAAUGUAAUGUAACUGAAGCAAUACAUUAAUUUAGAAACAGCUUCAUUUAGACAGCUAUGUACUUAUUUAUUUAAAUUUAUGUAAUAUUAAAAUAAAAGAUAAUUUAAA